AUGUAUGACUCGAUCACAGUACAGCAGCAGGAUCAACUGAAAUGGCUUCAUAUGGAUUACUCGAUACUGGAGAAGAAGGAGACUUUGCCCUUGUCAAAGUGGUCUGCUACAGACCAGAUUUUGUGCAAGGUUGGGAUGACGCGGAAGCCGACAGUGUCUGCUCGGCUACUUGAAUGGGAAAACACCUGCAAGCACCCUGUAACUGGGCUUAGCCCUUCUUCAAUCCAGGCGCUGGCUGCCGCGCAGCAGCCCUCCAAGCCCCCCGAAAAGUCUCUUGUAAAGCUUUUUAGAAAGCUCUCAAUCAACCUUAAAAGUAAAACCCCACACGCCGUUUCAAAUUCUCAGCAGCUCGCUCUCAAAUGCUUUCACAACGGUGGCUUUUAUGUGAGAGAUGGGAACGCCUUGGAGGAUAUGGAAGCGCGAAUUCAUAGGUUGCUUUGGCAAAGAUUUGGCCAAGGUUUUAUUUAUUGCCAUGGUUGCAGGAACGAGAAGGACCAUCCCAAGCGGCACAAAGAGUGGUUUAUGAUCCCUAUUUCGCAGCUACCGAAUGUUUUCAAAGCCAUAGACGCCAUUUGUGUAGGAAAAUAA